UUUCCAAAAAAAAAUUUAAAGAUCAUUUCUUCUGUUUUUUUGAAUCGUUCUAGGUUUUGCUGAUUGGAGUUUUCAGGAGUUAGAUUCUAUAUACUCCUUUGCCUACCGGUCAGGUGUAAUGGCGAAACCUAUCGUUCCCCGUUUUUACUCUGGCGCGCCGGUGGAGAGCUCUCGUGGCAUUGGUCCGCAUACGGAUUCUGAAAUCUUGCCUGCGGCGCCUGGCAGCUCUUAUCUUAACGCUCUAGCUGACCCGGAGUCUAGCGAAAGCUAUGGGUGGGUGCAGCAGUUUCCGCUGCGAGCGAGUUGCCUGCUACCGCAGUCAGCCGUUCCCAUCCCGUUGAAGCCGCCGGAACCUGCAAAGCAGUUUUGCGACUCCUGUGUGGAUGUUGUCCCGUUCGUUCUUCACGAACGCUUGUGGACGGAGGACAAACACCGGCCGUCCAAGUCAUUGCUGGACAUCAGCCAACUUCCAGUAUGCAGGGGUCGAUCUCACGAAAAUUUUGGAACGGAGCUGAAAGACGUCCAAAAUUUUGACAUUGGAUGUGCUGAAGUCGGCCUGUUUCCGUCCGUGCCAUCGUACAAGGACUUUCUGGUGCCACGCAAAAGAAUCGGGGAUGUACAUAAACUCAGUCAGCGCGCCAGGGUACGGUGUGGAAUAGUGAAGCCCGCCAGCUUGAUUAAUUCCACUGUAAAUUGGUGCUUUUCUGGAGGAACCCUGACAUACCUACCCACCUCCGACAACAGCGGAAUUAUCGUGGGAGCAGUUGGUUUCCGCCGCGCAGUAAGAAUCCCUAUCCAGAUUACGUCGGAGCGGAUUGAAUUGCGCAUUGCUACAGCCGAUCAAACUCUGAAGACCACACCAGGGUCACUGAUCUACCAGAUUACUUCGCAGGAAUAUUCUGGCGCCGGCGCACUUAUUGGUGUACGCUGUGGGGACUCGUGUUUUCUGAUUCCGGACACAACGUUUACGAAUUCCGAGAGCAAGAUAGAACUAAGGAUUAAGCGCGCCCGUGGCGUAUUCUCUCAUAUGCGGCUGAGCCCUUACCAACGGGGCGAAGUGUUGACGAGCGCGCAAGACGGCAGCGUGUGCCUGUGGAAUGUCAACAGCCCUGUUGAUGUUCCGAUCUGCGAAAUCACCAGGUCCACGCCGGGCUCCGCUGUGAUAUCCCCUCUGCGACACGGCUGGCAUGGUUGCUACUUCGGUAGCGGCGGCAGACAAGCGGUAGUCCUAACUCAUCGCUGCGUACAGUUGUGGGAUAUUAGGGCGCGCGGUUAUGCUUCGAUCGGCGUCCUUGCACGAAGUGACUGCUACGGGGAUCCGCUGACUGCUACGCAUCUGGAGAACGACAUUGUAGCCGGGCGGACAUUUCCUGACUCCCGCAGCUUCUACCACCUUAUUGCUUCCACAAGAGAAAUCUGCAUAGUGGAUCAGAGGCACAUGAAGCGCGCAGUCCUGCGCCAUCCCUCGCCGGUACCCAGCCACACCCUGUUCCUGGAUUUAAUAGUCCAGGCCACCGCGAGCAGCGACGUCGUCCUGACCGCUUCGCAAAUGGGGCAGGCAUGUGCCGGUUACGAACUGACGCCGUCUCAACGAGUUACUGGUCCACUGGCACUGGCAUCACUGCCCUUCUGCAUUACUCCGCCACGCAAUGCGGUCGGGCUCCUUAGUGCGGCAUGCGAUGAGGCCAAGACUGCCGCGGCCGCCAUGCGUCUCAAGAGGCCGCUCACCGGGAUGACCGGGAUUCCGCACGGCAAUGGCGACGGUUUCAGUGUCGUGAUGCAGACGGCAUUGGGUGAUAUCUUUGUUCAGUCGUACCGGAAUUCGACGCUGGACAAGCAAGCCGAUUCGGUGGCCGAUGCAUCGGUCACUUACGGCUCCAAGGCGUGGCCCGAGCAGCGCCAGCCGAGUGCAGCGGCCCGCCGAAAAAUUCACUCCUGGCAGCAAAAUCCAGAUAUCAUUGUACGGAAAACGGCGAAGGACAAGCUGCUGCUCCGGUGCUAUCCUUCUGCACCGGAUGUGGCUGGUGGUGCGGGCGGCGAUGACGCGUGGAUGCUGCCGCGAUCAAGGGGACUUCUCCAUCUAAGUUCGCGACCACCGGCGGGUCCUGUGCUAAUGGAUACGGGCGACGAGCAAUCCGACGGUGCGGACGACUAGAGUUUAGAUGGGGAAACAGGUAAAAACUGCCGACUUCCUAGUAGGAAGUUCCUACUGGUUGGCUACCGACGGUUCAUGUUGUUGUGCUACUUCUGGUUUAUUUAUUUCAUACGGUGGGGGAUGUUAUCAUUGUUAUCUGGUUGAUUCUGCG